GAGAAAAAGCAGCCUGUGUUAACUGACAGAAAGAAAACACUAGAGGAGAGAGCUGGAAGGAAUGACAAGUUUGCUGCACUAAAAGCGAAGCGUGAAAAUAAGUUCCUGAAAGCAGAAGAAGAAAGACAAAAAAAAGAAAAGGAAGCUGAGGACAGGAGAAGAAGGAAGGAGGAAAAGGAGAGAUCAGUAGACUCCGAUUCUAAUGCAGAUGAAGGAAAAUCCAAACACAAACUCAAGGCAUCUGAUGUGUUCAGCUCAGACGACAGUGGAUCUGAAAGUGAAAAAUCAAUAAAGUCAGACAAAUCAACCAAACGCCGCUCGUCCUCAUCGUCUUCCUCAGCUUCAUCCGACAGUGACAGCGACUCAGGCAGCCCAUGUGGUGGAGAACCUGCGAAGCCAAGCAUUGGUGGAGCUGCAACAAAACUGCCAUCAAAGGAACUUGAUACAAAGGUGGCAAAGAGGGUAGAGCAAAAGAUUCUACCUUCUAGUUCUUCCUCUUCUCCCUCUUCUUCUUCUUCCUCUUCAUCUUUUAGUGAUUCCAGUGACAGUGAUGUCGCACCUAAGAACAACAAAUUUGGCAGAUCGAAGGACAGUUAUCGUUCUCGGGAUGAAAGACCCAAAAAUGUGACCUGCAAGGAAGACCUUGAAAAAAUUCGUCUCUCGCGCCAUAAGAUGGAACGUUUUGUUCAUCUGCCUAUAUUUUCCAAAGCCAUUAUAGGUUGCUUUGUUAGAAUAGGUAUUGGCAAUUUUGAAGGACGACCAGUUUAUAGGGUUGCAGAAAUCACAGAAGUGUGUGAAACUGCAAAAAUUUAUCAGUUGGGUAAUACUAGAACCAACAAAGGACUACGUCUAAAACAUGGGUCACAGGAACGAGUCUUCCGUCUAGAAUUUGUUAGUAAUAGCGUCUUCUCAGACUCCGAGUACAAUAAGUGGGUAGAGGACUGUGCAGCACAUGGGACAGAUCUUCCAAGUAUGGAACAUGUUGAACAAAAACAGAAGGAUGUCCAAGAUUUACUGUAUUACCAGUUUAGCAGUGAGGACAUUGACAAAAUAGUGGAGGAGAAGGCGCGGUUCAACCAUAAUCCCACCAACUUUGCAGUGGCAAAAACUCUACUGAUGAAGGAGAAAGAUAUGGCUCAACAGAAAGGUGAUGAUGAAACGGUGGAGAAGCUCAAUGAAAAAAUUGCAGACCUUGAUGAAAAAGCAAAUAGCCUUGACAAGCGAAGAACUCAGACCAUUGCAGCAAUCUCGUAUAUUAAUGAACGGAAUAGAAAAAAUAAUGUGGAGAAAGCAGAGAAGGCCAUUAUGGCAGAAAUUGAAGCUAAGAAAGGUUUAAAAGUUGAAGACCCCUUCACUAGACGCUCAACUCGUCCAACGAUGGUGACCAAGACCAGAGAGCCAGAAAUUCAGUCCUCAGAAAUGUUAAUAAGAAUGGAAAUGGAGAGAAAAAGGAGGAUGGAUGAUGACAAAAAGAAAAGGGAAGAGGAAGUGUCCAAAAAGAAACAGGAUGAAGAGAAGAAAAAAGAUGAAGAACGUAAAAGAGUGCAAGCUGAAGAUCUGUUUGCUGCCCAUGAUUUUGAUGUUAAAAUUGACUUAGAUGUCUCUAUGCCUGCAUCUGCACCUGUUGGACCAAGACAAACAUUGGGUAAUGCAACAAAUGGUAGUUCCAUUGGUUCAGCUCCUAAGAGAUCAUUAAACCUUGAAGAAUACAAAAAGAAAAAAGGACUAAUAUGAGGAAUCUGUGCUUAGGGAGACUAUAAAGAUAGUUAUUGGACUAGUGAAUGGUAAACACCUGGAAAAGAACUUUGUUGACUCUUUGAGAAUUUUGACAGCAUUAUAUAGUGUAGACAAUUUUUGAGUUGACGGUGCUUGUCAUGUGGUAUGAAAGUACCACUCAUUUAGAAUUACUGCCAUUGCAAUACUGUACAAUAUUCAUACAAGGAAUAUCAUACCUGGGAAGGUAAGAUUGCCAUGUACUUUUUACAAAUCAAGUGUAAAAACUCAUUAGUGACAUGUUUCAUCUCGGUAAGAGUGAAGUGUGUGCAAUAUCUCAAGUGAGCAGUUUUCUUUCUUUCAUGGUAAAAAAGAAAAGGAUAAUAUCAGUAUGAAAAUUUGGGGUAUAUAUAGGAAGUAAUUUCUUGGACUGAAAUUUAGGGUUUAACCAUUUAUGUACAGUUUCAUUAACUUAACUAGUGUUGUGGUUCUCAUUUUUAAAGUUAUUAAAAAAAAUGCAGUUCUUAGUAUCUGAUGUCCAUUUGUGAUUGUUCAUUCUCAGAUAAUUUGUAUGGUAAAAAUGUCAUUUCAUUUCAUCAUUGGUCACCAAGGGCAGUUAAUUUUAAAUUUAUUUCAUGCUUAUUCAUAUAAAACGUAUUUGAACGUGCAGUAAAAAAUAGUUGUGUAAAUUUGCUGAUCCAUUCCUUUUUGUUAAUAACCAUGAAUUUAGGGUUUAAAAAUUUCUUCAAUCACCCAGAAUUACUUUAAUUCAUGAAGCAUUUUAAUUACAAGACAUACAAUAUGCUUGUAAUAUUAUUGACAAAUAUCACAUGGUUUCAUUUCAUUUUAUUUUUAAAAUUACAUUUUCAUCUGUUACACUUGGAAUGUUGACUGAUGUAUAGAAUAUGUUCAGCAGGUGUGUAAGGCCUUUUAGAAAUAAUGUAAGGAAGAAAACUCAAUGAGGUAA